GUUCCAGCGGUGUCCUGUUUUCUAUCUCCGCCAAAUUCUCGAUUCACGGUUGAGUUCCUACUUCAUCCACCACAUUCCGGCUCGUGACUCCUCAAAUUCGGUUGCAAACCCCCAAAGAACCAAACAAACCCAUCGCGAGAAUCACAUUAGUCGCACUGCGCACAAGACUAUUCGACUCCAGUCGCAUCUAUCCCAUACACACCCCGCUCUCUCUCCCGCGCUUUCGCCAUGAAAGUCUUCCACACUCUCACGACGGCUCUGGUUGCCACGGCCGUCAGCAAUGCGCUCAUCAUCCCGAGCGAGUUGGAGCACCGGUCACCGGAGCAUGGCGCCAUAGUAGCGGUCGCAUCGUUCGACGAGCGGGAUGCCGAGACGAAUGCGCUGGAGAAGCGACGCGGUGGCGGCGGACGCGGCGGCGGCGGCGGAAGCAGCAGCUCCUCGGGUAGUAGUAGCAGCGGCUCCUCGGGCGGCAGAAGUGGAUCGGGUUCAUCAAGCGGUGGGUCCAGCAGUAGUGGAUCUAGCGGUUCCUCGUCCUCCCGUGGCGGAACUUCCAGCAGCUCAAACGCUGGCGGCCGGAGCGCCGCGGGCUCCGGUGUGCGACCCGCGUAUGGCGGAGGAUACUAUGGCGGUGGCGCCGCCGCCCCUUAUGCGUCUGGUGGGCGAACCGGCCGCGGCCUCUCCCCGGGGCUUCUCCUCCUCCCUGUCGCGGCGCUCGCUCUGCUGCCCGGCCUGUGGCUCUGGUCCGUCUAUCCGUACCACUACGACCGCCCCUGGCGAUUCCGCAACGAAUCGGCGCAGCCAGCGACAUCCAACCAGACGAAGCCGGUCAUCUGCUUGUGCCAGGAGUAUUCCGUCUGCGGGUGCGAAGAGAACGACGAUCCGAACUAUAUUGUCUCGGUCAUUGGCAACGGAUCGUACGCGGCGCUCAACAAGACGCUGGUCAAUGUGGCGGAUGUCAACGGCACGAGCACGAUUAUCAUCAAUGGUACCUUGCCGAACGGCACCACUGCAUCCGGUGGCAGCGGUUCUGGCAGCGGUUCUAGCAGCGGUUCUAGCAGCGGUUCUAGCAGCGCGGCCGUUCCGCAAUACAUGAACAAGCUUGGUCUCGUUUACCUGAUGGGCUUGGCCGGCGUCUACCUGGUCCUCUUUAUCUAAGUCAUCUACCACCAGAUCGCGCCUACCAUUCUGUCAGAUAGUACGAUGUUGAUAUUUGUGUAUUCUUGAUAGGAGAGGGUUUUUGUUUUCGCCCGUUUGUACAACACAGGCAUACCAGGAUGGCGUUUGGCGUUUUGAGGGAUCCACGAUCAAACCAGACGCCUUUUACCGCGAGGAAAGGCAUCUACGACCCCUCCGCUCGAAAGAGCCCGGCCACGUCAGGACGCCUGAUGGGGAUUGAUGACCGCUAAGAUUGACCCGAGAUACCCUCAUUUUAAGCUUGUAUCUAGUAUUCGUCAUAUGAUAUCAUGUAGUCACCAAUUACAGUCAUAAUUCAUUAAAGAAGCCAU